UGUGAGUGUGUGUGUGUUACAGUAGUGUGUGUGAGUGUGAGGUAUACAGUGUGGUGGUGGUGAGUUUAUUAUCGGCGGAUUUUAAAGCCGGAGUUUAACCCGCCCUGCGGGCUCUCAGCCCCCGCCCGCCGCAGGACUCAGGUAUGGAGGACAGCAGUGAUGUUGUGGUCCUGGUUCCUCACCCCAGAGAUCAGCAAGACUCAGACCAGCACCAAAAACACCAGAACCAGCACCAGCAGCAGCAGCAGCAGCAGCAGGCCGCCGACUCGCUGAUCCAGGUGAUCGAGAAGCUGAGUAAGAUCGUGGAGAAACGCCCGAGACGAUGCGCUCUCCCCGGGAAGAAGAGACCCUCCAUGACCUGCGCCUCUCUGAUCACCGUCCCCGACAGCAGAGAGGGCGGCGGGGGAGGAGCUUCCCCGUGUAAGAUCUUCAGAGAACAUGCUGAGGAGGUCCAAACGGCUGGAGAACCCGGAACCGGUACAGCUCCCCGAACAACCGUUACCUGCUACCAGUGCAGCCUGUGCCGCUUCCUCUCGCCCACGCUGACUGUGCUGAAGGAACAUCUGAAGCAGCACGACGAGCAGCACAGCGACCUCAUCCUCAUGUGCUCAGAGUGUCGCUUCACCUCCAGCCACCAGGAGGAGCUGGAGGCCCACGUGAAGCUCCACCUCCUGCAAAGAGGCGGGGCUGGGUCCAGAGGAAGCGUGCAAGGCAGAACCGGGUUUUCCGGAUCGAAACCUGAAACUGAAUGCGGGAAAACCCCGGCCUCAUCAUCAUCAACAUCAUCAUCAACAUCAUCAUCAUCAUCAGCUGCAGCACCUAAAAAGUGGUACAGCUACGACAACGGAAAGUAUCGCUGUCUGAUCUGCAGCUACGAGUGCAGACAGCAGAGAAACUUAAAAACGCAUGCCUGGAAGCAUGCCGGCUUGGUGGACUGCUCGUACCCAAUAUUUGAAGAGGAGGCAGACCAGCGUGAAGUUAGUCCUGUACUCACCCUGAGCACCAGCCCUCCCCUGUCUCUUGGUAAAGAAGACGAGAGUAUAGUGGUCUUCACGCCUGCAGAAGACAAGACAAGCCAAGCGCAUUGUCUGCACAGCGGACCAUCGGUUCAAAUGGAGCUGUGUUCACUGGAUGCGGUAAAGUGCGAUGGAAUUGUGACGGCAGCGACAGAAGCAGCAACAGCUGCAGCAGAAGAAGAAGAAGAAGAAGAAGAAAGUGCCAAGGGUCUUGAGGGACCCAUCAUUGAGAACGUUUUCUCCCUUAAAGCACCUCUGCAAGAGGAGCCGAUUGUGGAAGUUCAAGUGACCCCAGAAGCACAGAUGGAAUUAGAGCUGGAGCUGGAGACCGAAAACCAGCAGGCGAGCACGGACAGCUUGCUGUCUUCGGUUCAGAAGAUCAUCAGCUGCAGCGGCAAUGGCGCCGGACACGUUAACGUCAUUGUAGAGAGACUGCCCUGUGCCGAGGAACCAGUGGCAAGCAGGCCUCUGCUUUUGAGUCCUGAAGUAGCUGGAGAUAAGACCUUACUUGCAUCCAAAGAUGACGUAGACUUGGAUGACCAGCCCCUCCAGAGUCACUACGAAGAACCUGAGGAAGUCGUGAUCGGCUGGAACGGUGGGAACGAGAACUCUGAACAUCUGGAAGAGACAAGCGACAAAGAAGAAUCUGUCGUUUUGCCUCCAGAUGAGAAUGUACCUCCGGCUCGUAGAAGGACGCACUCGGAGUGUUUGAGACUCCACUCCUUGGCGGCGGAAGCCCUUGUGGCGAUGCCCAUGCGAGCUCCAGAGCUAGGCAAGUCCGUCGUUAAAGGAAUGGCGGGAUCUUGCCAGAUCCCAGACGCUGGCCAAAGAAUUCUUGAGCUUUCCACUGCCUCUGCUUCUCCAGGAACCAUCUCAAGUCCAUCUUCCCUGCUGAAUAUUGGCCUCACUGGAGUCCCGCAAGGUUCCAAGGAGGAAGUCCUCGCUGAAGGACCUUCCAAAGCUGGGAUUAGCAUGUCCCUGUUAACGGUUAUUGAGCGCCUGCGAGAGAGGUCCGACCAGAACGCCUCCGAUGAGGAUAUUCUGAAGGAGCUUCAGGACAAUGCCCAAAGUCAGCAUGGUGCAGGGGUUGCAGGGAUGGUGGUAGGGUCAGGGGAUGCUUCCGUCGCAGAGAGCGGGUUGGUGGAGUACAUCGCCGGAAGCGAACGGCCGUACCGAUGUCGCCUUUGCCUCUACAGCAGCGGGAACAAGGGCUACAUCAAGCAGCACUUGCGCGUCCACAGGCAGAGGCAGCCCUACCAGUGCCCGAUUUGCGAGCACGUCGCCUGUGACAGCAAGGACCUGGAGAGUCAUAUGAUCCAUCACUGCAAGACCCGCAUGUAUUCCUGCAAACAGUGCGGAGACACUUUCCACUAUAAGAGUCAGCUGAGGAACCACGAGAGGGAGCAGCACGGCCUGGGAGACGCCUCGCCGACCCUCACCGCCGCCUGCCAAACCACAGCAACCACCGACCAGCCCGACAAGAUCAGCGACGAGGCCGAGAAGAUCAUUACAGAUGAGGACUCGGUCAGUGAUCAGAAAGUGUAUAAGUGUGACGUGUGUGAUUACACCAGCUCCACCUACGUUGGGGUGAGGAACCAUCGCAGGAUUCACAAUUCUGACAAACCCUACAGGUGCUGCAACUGCGACUUCGCCACCACCAACAUGAACAGCCUGAAGAGCCACAUGAAGAAACACCCGCAGGAGCACCAGGCUGUUCACCUGCUGGAGCAGUACAGGUGUUCUCUGUGUGGCUACAUGUGCAGUCAUCCUCCAUCCCUGAAAUCCCACAUGUGGAAACACGCUGGAGAUCAGAACUACAACUAUGAGCAAGUGAACAAAGCCAUUAAUGAGGCGAUGUCCCAGAGCAGCAGGUCUCCGGUCGUGCCCGCUAAGGUUGGCGCGGGCAGCAGGGAGAAAUCUGCGCCCGGCGUGACCUGCAUGCUGCUGUUCUGCUGCUGCAUCUGCGGCUUUGAGUCCACCGUCAAGGAGAACCUGAUGGAGCACAUGAAGGAGCAUGAGGGAGACAUCAUCAGCAUCAUACUGAGCAAAGAGCAGCAGGGAGGAGAGCCUGCAGAGCCUAGUGCGGUGCAGUGAGGACCGGAGAGCAUAUACACACACAUAUAUACACACAUAUAUACACAUAUAUACACAUAUAUACCAGUCAAAAGUCUGGACACACCUUCUUAUUCAAUGUUUUUCCUCUUUAUUUCUUUAUUACAUUUAUUUUCCACAUUGUAGAUCAAUAUUAAAUACAUAAAAAAACAAUUAAGAGACACUGAAUUAAGGGAAUUAUGUAGAAAACAGUUAAAAAAAGUGUUUUUCCUCCACAUUAAUCAUCUAAUCUAAACCUAAAGAACUGAGAUGGUGAUUUGAGGUGAUUUAAUUGGGAUGAGCAGCAACUAUUGUUCAGAGAUUAAAAUACCAAGAGUGUGCAAAUCUGUCCUCAAAGAGGAGAAGAAGAAUAGCUUUAAUAUACAGCUCUGGGGGAAAAAAUGAAGAGAUCACUUCAGUUUCUGAAUCAGUUUCUCUGAUUUUGCUAUUUAUAGGUUUAUAUUUGAGUAAAAUGAACAUUGUUGUUUUAUUCUAUAAACUACAGACAACAUUUCUCCCAAAUUCUCCUAAAUAAAAAUAUUCUCAUUUAGAGCAUUUAUUUACAGAAAAUGAGAAAUGGCUGAAAUAACAAAAAAAUAAAUAAUAAUGCAAUUAAUUCAUAAAAUUUUAAGAGUUCAGAAAUCAAUAUUUGGUGGAAUAACCCUGGUUGGUUUUUAAUCACAGUUUUUUUUUUCAUGCAUCUUGGCAUCAUGUUCUCCUCCACCAGUCUUACACACUGCUUUUGGAUAACUUUAUGCUGCUUUACUCCUGGUGCAAAAAUUCAAGCAGUUCAGUUUGGUGGUUUGAUGGUUUGUGAUCAUCCAUCUUCCUCUUGAUUAUAUUCCAGAGGUUUUUAAUUUGGUAAAAUUAAAGAAACUCAUAAUUUUUAAGGGCGCUCUAUUUUUUUUUACCAGAUCUUUCUUUAAAAAGAAAGAAAACACAUUGAAUUAGAAGAGGAGAAGUGUGUCCAAACUUUUGACUGGAGCUGCACACGCAUUCACAAAAUAAAUAAAAAUCACACAAUCUCUUACAUUACAACAUUUAGAGCCAGUAACUUUUGCACAAAUUCACCUUUUCGCUCGGUGUGUUCACGCUCACAUUCAUUUUCGCCACAAUUUACAAUUUUUGCUUUAAAUUCAAGUUUUCUGUGCUUUCAAAAAGAUCCUAGAUAGAACUUUUAUUUUUGAUUAUUUCUUUUCUUUCCUUUUUUUUAUUUUACUACAACCCCAAAUUGAACAGAACAUGUUAUUAAAUAAGGAAAUAACAACAAAAUAGAUGGAUAAAAAAAGGGUUUUCCUACAUUUCUUACAUUUUUUUUUUUUUUACUUUUAUUUGAUUGCAGAUAGUAUGCACCCAAGAUAUCUCAUGUUUUAUAUGCUCAUUAACUCUUCAUUUUACUUGUUAAUAUACACCAAAUCCUGCAUUUCAAGCCUCCAACCAGUUUCAAAUACAGCAUAUAUUACAUAUACAGCAUUAACUGUAUAGAAUAUAUACAGCACAUACAUAAUCCAUAUUAUGAGAAGAAAUAACUACUCAACUAAGUAAAGAAAAAAAAUACUUUAAGACAAAAUGAAGGUCAGUAAAGUAAAGUAAAAAGAAAGUAUUCUCAUGUGCAGUCACCAGAAAGUGCAUUAAAAAAGUUACGAUGAUGGAACUGGCACUCAUCAGAAGCCGCAAGUUAACAGCUCCCCAGAUAAGAGCACCUAAAUACUUCUUCACAGAGUAUUUUGGUUUGUUUUAAACACUUUUAAGUUACUACAUGUUUCCUUAUGUGUUCCUUCAUAUUCUGAUAGAUCGCAUUACUGUUAAUUUACUAUGUAGGAAAAAAAACUAUAUGUUUAUAAAUAUAUUUAAGUUCAGCAGAUAAAACAUGAAAUAUUAUCUUGGGUUCAUACCGUCUGAUAUUAAAAAAAAAAAAGUACAAGAGUUUUCAAAACUUUAUUUUAAUUUGGGGAUAUAUUUCAUUUUUUACACAUUAUUUUCAACAAUUAAGAGUCUUUCAGGAACUUUAAGUUGGGAAGACUGAAUAUAUUUUCUAUAGGAUGGAUAUUAUAUUGGACUGAAUAAUUACAAAAAUUAAUCAUGUACUGACGUUUAUGAAUAUAUGGGUUUUCCUGAAAGGCUGAAAGUUUUUCAUACCUCAAGUCAAACUUGUUAUACACAGUAUAUAUAUAUAUAUAUAUAUAUAUACACAACAUUUAUAAUGUAGGUUAAAGGUUAGGACUUAGGAGAGGGUUAAUCAUACACAGGGCAGCUUCUUCAGUUCUGUACUUCUAUAAUAUUAUUAGUUUCUUUAUUAUUAUUAUUAUUAUUAAUAUUUAUGUUAAUUAUAUAGUUUUUUUUGUCUUGUUAAAGUUUGGAAGGAAAUUGCAGAUCGAGGGGUUUUGCCUUUUUUGUUUUUGUAGUCGAUAUAUACAUAUAAAUAUAUAUUUAUCGUUUUAAUUUAUAUAUAUUUUUUGCAUGUACCCUUCCGUUAUGUCCACGCAAAGGAGGCGAUUUCGCUCUGAAUCUGUUCUUUGGUGCUACCGACUCUUAUCUUGAAUGAAGAGUCACUUUUGGGGAAUGUAUCUUAAACCUUUAGAUAAGCCAGUAGGAGAAAGUCUCUGUUUUUUUUUUUAUUUUUUAGUGUUUAUUUACUAUAUAAAAGUAUAAAAGCACAAGUUUAAAAGUGUCAUCAAACAUUCUAAUGGUAAAACCGGUCCAAAAAUCAGAAAAAUAUAAAAAAAAUAUAUAUUAUUAAAAAAUCAAUAAUAAUAUGAAGAAGAUCCUGCAGCGUAAACCAAGUGUGCCGUUAUAUUUUAUCAUGGAAGAAUUACUACUCACCACUGUAAUAUUAAUGGGGAAGUUCACAAGUAAAAAAAUAUAGGAAUUCAACCAUAUAUCUUCUUUAUCUACAAUUUUAAGCAGCUACAAAAACAUUUAAAAGUCAUUUAAGUGAGAAAACACAGUACAGGAAAACGUCUGGCUGACCCACAUGGAAACAACAGCUUUAGCCUUUAGCUCAGAUUAACAUUGACAGGUGAAUAAAAAUAAAUAAAUAAAUAAAAAAUUAAAAAUAUAUAAAAGCAGCUUGUCUGGGUCAUACAUCACUUCAGCUGCUGGACUACUAAACAAUAGGGGUGUUCUAAAACUUUUGACUGGUAGUAUAUACAGUAUAUACACAUAUUUCCUUCUAUUAUUCUGCUGGUUUGACUUCACGAGGUCAGAUUUUAAGAAAAACUGCCCCAAUCUUAAAUAUAAUUUAAAUAUAAUCUUAUACAAGUUACGUUUAUUAAAACAUUAAAGGCUAAGCAGGUAAAAGUCUUUUAAAAAAGGCAUAAAUCUGAUUUAUUUUAGACUGUUUACAUUAUUAAUCUUUUUAACGUGACUCUUAUAUCUGACAUCUCUGAACAGUUCACGCUUAGUAAGUGGCAUGCAUGCACAACAGAGCAGUGCUUCACGUUAAGUUUCACUUUAACCCUUAUAAGCCAGAAUUCUAGAGCUAUGAAUGAGUUCAGACUGCAGCUGAAAGAGCUUCGCACCGAUAAUAAUUGCUCUCAAGCUCACAGUAAAAAGAUGCCUCAUUUGUCCACAAACAGAUUUGUAUUAUUUUUAUAUAUUUUUGUAUAUUGAAGCUUCAGCCGCAAUUUGUAGUCAACAGAUUUUUGAGCCAAUUCAUUAAGAACACCUCACCUGCCUGCAAUGUGAGCCUUCUAAUAUUAUUAGAAGCUCUUAUUCACUGCUGCUGUCCAUUUUCACACAAACGUCACACUUAUGUCGUCAAAUACGACUUAAAAAUUCAGAUUUGGUCCACAAUUAUCUAAAGUUAUCAAAUAUAAAGGAUGGGAUGGUCAAAUAGGAGAAUAGAAGGGCUGCGAAACUAUGAUAAACAGCAAACUAUAACCUCCAUUUUUGCUAAGCUUUUAUUUUACUAAACCGAUCAGCACUUUAGGGACCGUAGGAAAAAUACCAAACAAAGAAAUAAAUGAUAAAUAUAAAAUAAAUGUGUAAAGAAAUAAAUAAAAUAUAUUUUUAAUGUACAUUUCUUUGAAUUUUUCCGCUGGUUUGACGUAACUGAAGCCAAAAUCCAGCCUUGCUCACAUAUCUCAAGUGCUGAGUGAUGUUUUAGGGAGCGUGGGGAAAAAUACCGGACAAAAUAAAUAAUUAAUAAAUCAUAUAAUCAUUCUCAGAAUGUGAAAUCACGAUGUCAAACCAACGAUAAAAUAUAUAUGUGAACAUUUCUUUGUAUUGACAUAACUGAAGCCCCCACUCAUCGCUGUUGUCCAUUUUCCCGUCUGCUCAAACAUACAUUUUCUGUCUACUCAACACCUUUUUUUUAUUUUUUCCUUCUUUUUGAUGUAAAAGCCGCUUUAACUCUGAUCUGGCCGUCCAGAAAGAGUGACAUUGACUCAAAUCAGAUAUGUACCCCAUCAGUUUUCAAUGCCACAUGUAGAAGUGACCCAAAUUCUAAUAGAAAAUGUCUUGGUGUGUUUUUUGAUGUUUCCAGUAGGGGUGGGCUGCGAUAUGGCCCUAAAAUAAUAUCACGAUACUUCAUGGUAUUUUUGUGAUAACGAUACUCUUUUUUAAAAAAUAUUUUAAAAAUACACUAUACACUGCAAGAAAAAAAAAUAUACAUUUUAUUAUUACAUACAAUAUAAUACUGCACAUCCCUAAGUGAUAUAUUAAAAAAUACAAGAAUUUUAUCAGAUUUGCAACAAAGGUCAAUUAUCCAGAAAGUUAUGAUACUAAUAAUAAUGCACUCCAAAUAUCUCCAUAUAUCCAGGAUUAAAGUAAAAUAAAUGAUACUGGACAGAUAUAAUCUGUCUCUAGUAGAUAUAUAAUGGGAAAUGGGAUGGGUGAUAUGGCACGAUAUUUUAGGGUAUAAUAUCGUUCACGAUAUUUUAAAAAAAAUGACGAUAUUAUCGUGUACGAUACGAUAUGGCGCACCCCUAGUUUCCAGCACUGAGCCACACUUUAGGGAGCGUGGGAAAAAUACUGGACUAAAUGAAUAAUGAAAAAAUCUUAUAAACUUUCUCAAAAUGUGACCAUGUGAUGUCAAACCAGCGCUAAUAUAUAUAUUUUUGUACAUUUUUAAGUAAAUUACAGGAAAGAUGGUCAACUAUAAAGAAUAGGAGAGUCGUGAAUUAGUAAGUAGCUCAGGUGAGGUCUGAUCAGGUGAGCUCAUCACCGCAGGUAAUAAAUGCAGAUGUCUGUGUUUUGAAGUGAGCUUUUAUUUUCUCUCUAAUGCUGUAAUUUGUGUUGAAUGUUGUGUUUAAAAGGCUGUUUUUCUAUCAGCACAGCCUUCAGUUCCCUCCAGCAGCGGAGCUUUGUCUCCACAGCUCUUCUGACAGGCCGUAUUGUUCAGAGCGCGGCGUGUUGAUGGGGAAACUGCACACCUUCCUGUGUUUUAUUCACUGAAAAACUGAAAAAUACGUCUUUAUAUAAAAAUAAUGCCACUCAUAACCUCCCUAGGUUUAAAAAGAAGCAUGCAGAGAGGUCCAAAAAUCUCAAAUUAACCUUUUAUCAGAAUUUAAAACAGAACAAAAGAUAAAUGUUUCAGUUUUUCUCUGGUUUUCAUAAGGAUUUUUACUUUUUUAACCAUUAAAUACAAAUUAAAUGUUCAUUUUUAAUAAACAUGCCGACAACGUGAUUGGGAGAUGGCUUGUUUGAACCCAAAACAGAACAAAAGAUAAAUAUUUUAGCUUUUCUAGCUUUUCUUCUUGUGUUUUUUUUAUUUUAUUAAUUUUCAUACUUUUUUCACCACUGAAUUAAAUUACAUUAAAUAGCCUAUAUAUUA